GAGAGAGAGAGAGAGAGAGAGAGAAAGAGAGAGAGAGAGAAAGAGAGAGAGAGAGAGAGAGUAAUAUCGGAGUCAAAAGAGCGAGCGAGAGGUCGACAGCCUUUUUCCCUCGUGUACUCUAUUAGUCGUCGUCGUCAUCGUCCUCGUACUCGUCCUCCUCGUCGUUGUCGUCGUCAUCCUUGUCGCCUCGUCGUUGUCGUCGUCGUUGUCAUCGUCGUCAUCCGGCGCGACAGGCGCGGGUAUAUCCUAACCCGUUCCGCAUACCUCCUUCGCCGUCAAUAAUCGCGCUCUCGUCGUAGUGCCGCGCGAUUAUCAGCGUACGCAUCACCCUCCGUAAUCCGGAGUGUGUGUGACCGAAAGGUAGAGAUAGAGCGAGAGAGAGAAAGAGAGAGAGAGCGAGAGAGAGAAAGCUCCGAAACGUAGUUGGAGCACCGGCACAACUGGAACAAGUUCCGAGGGAAGUCUCGCGCGUGUCGUGACACCACCCCCUUUUCAUACGUCACGAGCCUUGCCGCGACGACGCUCGCCGCUGCCGUCGGCGACGAGAUCACCGUCGCGAACAUUGAGCAACCGAGGAACACCGUCCGCAACUGCAGCAGCAUCAUUUAUCCACAACAACACUAGACGGCUACUCACUACUCCGGACUCAAGCGAACUUGCCGUCGCUUCCACUCCGAGCACGCGAGAACCUCGCGACGACGACGACAUCGAGUAAUCGUGCGUCGCGCGCUGUUAUGGAGUCCCAGAACCAGGAGAUCGUAGCGAGCGGCUCGCCCGCCGAGGUGCCGAACGAUCCAGGGAAAAUGUUCAUCGGCGGCCUAUCUUGGCAGACCAGUCCAGAGAGCCUCAGGGAGUAUUUCACCAAGUACGGAGACAUCACAGAGGUUAUGGUUAUGAAAGAUCCCACCACACGACGAUCAAGGGGCUUCGGAUUCAUCACAUUCGCAGACCCUGCGAGCGUAGACAAAGUGCUGGCGCAGGGCAAUCACGAACUGGACGGCAAGAAAAUCGACCCAAAGGUAGCAUUUCCUAGGAGAACACAUCCAAAGAUGGUGACAAGGACAAAGAAGAUCUUCGUCGGGGGAUUAUCGGCGCCGACGACGCUGGAGGACGUCAAAAAUUACUUCGAACAAUUCGGUCCGAUCGAAGAUGCUAUGCUGAUGUUCGACAAGCAAACUAACAGGCAUAGAGGCUUUGGAUUUGUCACGUUUCAAAGCGAGGAUGUCGUCGACAAAGUCUGCGAGAUCCAUUUCCACGAAAUUAACAACAAAAUGGUCGAAUGCAAGAAGGCACAGCCAAAGGAAGUGAUGCUUCCAGCGAAUCUGGCGAAGACGCGAGCGGCCAGCAGAGGCGCAUACGAUUUUAUGUGGUCUCUGGGAGCAUUACCUGAUGGUUUCCCAGCGGCAGCGUACGCGGCAUACGCGGCGGGCCGCGGCUAUUCUGGGUACCCUAGUUUCGGAUUACCCUACCCGACAGUGGAUCUAACCAAUGGACAACUCACCCCAAACAACAACACGCCCUUACUUACACAAGCACUUUCUGCCGCAGCCGCGGAUUCCGCAGUCGCAAGCUACGUCCAGGCCGCAGCUAGCCCGCAGCCCCCCACGACCGCGUUCCCCGCGAUCGCCGUAUCCCGCGCCCCGCUCAACUACAGUCCCGGUCCUCUAAUACCAGCGGCGUUCACUAAUGGCUACCAUUGAGCCUUGUUAAGACCUAAUAACAGGAUGGACGAGACGGCAGAACGCAGCACGGUCGCCUGAUAUAAUAAGCAACACGGACGAUUUGAGGCAGCUAAACAGUGGAUGAUCUCUGGACGAAAAAAUAACACGCCUACUGUAUAGAUAUAAAGAUAUAAAUAAUGAUCAAAAGUUGCAAUAUAUUAAAAAACGGAUAAUGUCGAACAGAAGGCAACUAUUAAAUAAGAUCCAAUCGAUGCAACUUCGAAAUCCGGAUUGUAAAUAACCGGAUGUAAUAUUACGCGAAUAUGCAAUAAUGCAUUAAGAAAGAAUUUAGAGUAUUAGUCGAAUCCAGUUGGAUGCAACUAUAGAUAGAGAGAAGAAAAUUAAUCCUGUUGAUGAGUAAGGGAAAAAAACUGACGCGCAACGGGGAAGACGUCCAGAGUAGGCCAGAGGAAAAAGACGAGAAAAGCGACAGGAAGACCGACCGUCAGACAGAAACAGGAAGAGGUAACAACGCGCGCUGCAAUAGGCUAGUUAUGGCCGAAACUGCGUAUUGACGCCAGCCCGUUCUCCGACAUUAA